AUGGGAAAUGAUGGUGAUUAUGAUUGGGAGAAAGAAGUGGAGGAGUUUGAAAAAACAAAAGCUGGUGUCAAAGGACUUGUAGAUUCCGGGGUUGUAAAAAUCCCGAGGUUCUUCAUUGAUCAAUCUGAGAAAUCGAGCAACAGUGUCACUCAGCUACAGAUCCCGGUUAUAGACUUUCAAGAACUUACAACUCGACGAAUGGAGAUUGUUGAUGAGAUUCGCAAGGCAUCUGAAAGCUGGGGAUUUUUCCAAAUGGUUAAUCAUGGAGUGCCAAUGAGUGUAAUGGACGCCAUAUUAGAAGGCACGCGAAAAUUUCAUGAACAGCCAACAGAGUCGAAGAUGGAGUACUAUUCUACAGACGUGAUGCGAACUGUGAAAUUUUAUACCAUACUGGGAAAUUUGCAAAAAUCACAUGCUGCAAGUUGGAGGGAUGCAUUUUCUUGUACAUUUACCGAUGAUAUGCUCAACCCUGCUGCUAUACCACCAGUUUGCAGAAAUGAAAUCAACGAGUACAUGAAAUUCAUGAUGAAAUUGAGAGACACGUUGUCGGAUUUACUUUCGGAAGCAUUAGGUCUGAAUCGAGAUUUCCUAGGAAAGAUGCAAUUCUUGAAAAGUGAGAGUUUGUCAUGCCUAUAUUAUCCAGCUUGUCCUGAACCGGAGAGGACUUUUGGCACGGAGAAGCACGCUGAUCCCACAAGUCUGACCGUCUUGGUCCAGGAUGACACCGGUGGCCUCCAGAUUCAUCACGACAACUAUUGGGUCGAUGUGCCUCCCAUUAAAGGAGCUUUAAUAGCAAACAUCGGAAGUUUUAUGCAGCUUAUUAGCAACGACAAAUUCAAGAGCGUGGAGCAUCGAGUAUUGGCUAGAUCUAUUGGAACUCGGGUUUCAUCUGCGUGUUUCUUCUAUCCUAGUUCUGAUCAAAUCCUAAAGCCAUGCGGACCUCUAAAAGAGCUAGAAAAUCCUCCAAUUUACAGGGAAGUAUCGUAUCUUGAAUUUGUCACUUGUCAUCAGAAAAAAAUGAGCGAAGAGGAUUCAGUCACUGCAGAAGCUCCUCUAUCGGACUCUCUCUCUGUCCGGCAGUUGGGUGCAGUGUCACGGCGAUGGAGCUCCUCUCUCUACCGUCCUCUCUCUCCUUCCUUACCCAUCGACAGCCAUGACGAGGAAGUUGUCACGGCGAUGGAGCUGCUCCGGCGCAAGCGCCCGUCGUCUCCGGCGCUGCAGAUCGAGUAG